AUGGAAGAGUUUGAGAUCUUAGAUUUUCAUGAAUUAUAAGUUGAAAAGUAAGGAUGUGAAUAAGCAUCCAAAUUUUUAUAGAGAAAAAUAUAAAAUGGAUUUAAAGUCAAUUUAAUAAUAAAAAAGUAACAUAAUUUUGUAUUACCUCCUUUGUAAUAAAAGAAAAAUGAUUUGUUCUCUAAACAUCAUUAACCAAUAGAUAUAGUAAGAAUUUCUAUAAAUUUUAGGUAAGUUAAAACUCUGAACAAACAGAAAACAACUAUAAACAUGCUUCAUCAACAUCUUCUAAUUAAAGUAUUAAAAUGGCUAAAAAUUAAAUUGCAUCUCCUACAUAAAAUGAAAUUCCAAAUCAACAUCUUAAUGAAUAAAUUAGUCAAUAAUCUGAUGAUGAAUAGGUUUCAUUUGAUAAAUAUAACUCUAAAAAUUUUGAAUAGUUAUUUAAAAACGAUUAGAAUACUUAAAAAAUUAAAAUUAGUUUGCAAUUUUUUAGAGAUGGUAAAUUUAAACUUGCAUUAGAGAGAAUGUUAGAUAUUUAUAAAGAAGCAAAUGAAAAAUUAAAAUAACAAUUAGAUAAGUUAUAAAAUUCAGUAACUAUAUUAAUAUGUAUUUAAUCACUUUGUUAUGCUUCUUAAAUAUUCAAAGAAUUAGGAUAAAUUAAUGAAGCUUAAAAGUAAGAUAUUCUUAGUUUAUAUAUUAAGAUGCUUAGAUAAAUGUUUAAAUUAAUUUGAAAUUAAUGAUUUCAAUUUAUAAUCCAAGAUUUUUAUUGAAAAAGCAAAUCUCUAUUUACUAAAUAAUUAAUAUCUAUAAUCACUUGAUUAUUAUAAAAAAGCUUUAAUUAAUUAUGAAUAAGUGAAUUGGAAAAUAGAUAUAGCCAAAAUGUUAAUUAAAAUAUCUUUUAUCUAUGCUUUACUACGUAAUAAAUCAGUUUAAUAAAAUAGAUGACAAUGAAGAUGCUAAAAAGAUUUGUUAUGAAGGACUCUCCAUUUUAUAAAGUAAAUUAGAUAAUUAAGAUUACAGAAUAUUUGAAACUUAUUAUACAUUAGGAUGUAUUUACUAUUUAGAAAAAGAAUAUGACUUUGCUUUAGAAUAUUUGGAAUAAUCAAAGGAAGGUUUUAUUAAAUUGUAUUAAUAUAAUUAAAUUAUAAUUUUAAUAGAUAUGGACAUAAAAAUCAAUAAAUAUUUAAAGUUAUGAAUCUUUAAGGAGUUAUUUAUCAUUUAUAAGGUAAUAGUAAUAAUGCCAUGGAGAUUUAUGAAUAAAUUGUCGCAUAUCAUGGGUAAUACGACGUUUGAUUAUCUUUAAGUGAUACAGAGACUAUAGGUUUAGCAUUGAUACUGAAUAACUUAGCUUUAGCUUAUUUGGAUAGAAUGAAAUUCAAAAGUGCUAAUUUAUCAUUUGUCAAAGCCCUUGCCAUUUUGAAAUCAUAUUUCUAUGAAAAUCAUCAAUUUAUAUAACGAGUUGAAAAAAACUAAAUGCUUGUAGCAUAGGCUGCUUUAUCUUAUAUGUGA